UGUGUCUGCUAACGGACCAAUCUGUGUGCACAGAGUUUCUAAACCCAGAUGCGCAACUUCACGAAACUUCCGGGAUCCCGUGCGAAACGAACCAGGCCAGGUUUUGACAAGUCAAUGGGAGAACAAUUAUUCCUUAGUUGUUCAUUUUCUUGAAAUCUAGAUGCACGACCUAGAUUCGAACCAAUAUCUUAUGUUGUGGAACACGUUAUUACUCCAACCUCGUGAAAGUGACAAACUGACAAGGUUUUCAAUUUAAUAUCGAAGGAGUGCCUUUCUGCACAUGCGCAGGUCGGCGCCAGACGACUGUUAGACCCGAUGACGUAUUUAUAAGCAUGAGCUUAGCAAGCCAAAGUCGCCAUGACAUCGCCUAGAAGUGUGAUCGGGGAUUUCUAUUGGAGAAGCAGUUUUAGCCUACCUUCAUACUGUACAUUAUUUGGUAAGGCUAAGGCAUCAGGGUACAGAAGCGAUAGGACAAAGCAGAUGAUUACUGGAGUGCCGGGAUUGGCUCUGCUCAGCAUCCACUUCUGAUGCCGUGUGUCUGUGCUGUUGGGGCGACCGGAGCCUAACGCGCAGGGCCCUUCACCCGAUUAACUGCACCUUCCCUGGGUUUCUGUCUCUUCCACUUCCCCCUGCCUGUCAGCCUGCUUGGAUACCUCCCCCACCCCCCGUAGGGAGAAACGACAGUCUGCUUCACUGGGGAGCCGUUCGGGAAUUAGCAAUGCCCAAUCCCGGCAUCCUUUAGCCACUUGGAAUAUCUCGGAUUUCUACAUCCGUCCGUCUGUCUCGCUAUCCAUCUGUCGCCGGUCUCCCUCCAUCCGUGGCGGGGGACAGAGGAAUGAACAUCUGCAGCUAUGAUACAAGGACUGAAGAAACGCACCCGGAAGGCCUUUGGGUUACGAAAGAAAGAGAAGGACACAGACUCCACGGGCUCCCCUGACAAAGAUGGAAAAAAGACCAACGGGGCUCCAAAUGGCUAUUAUGGGGAGAUUGAUUUGGACCGAUAUGCCGCUCCAGAUGUGGACGCUGAUGGCUUCAGUCUCAGACCCGGAGAGGAGAGAGAGACAGCUCCCAAAGGCAAGCAGCACUUCUCCUCCAGCGACACUGAGGAUGAGGACGACAACAGAAAGUUCAAGAUUAAGAUCAAGCCGUUGCCCUCCGACACUGCCAAGUGUGCCAUCCCCUCCAUGGAUGAACUGAAAGCUUCUGUUGGAGGUUUGGCUCUGUCUCCCUCUUUGAGGAGAAGUCCGAGACGCAGCCCGGGCUCAAUAAAGAGACACCUGUCUUGUGAGGAGAUCGCCAGACCCAGACGCUCCACCCCUACACCAAGCCCCGCCCCCGAGACACAAAGUGAGAGAGUAUCCCAGAAUCGCAGAGCAUCCCCAGCUUUCUUCGGGCCUCCUCCUGAGACGACCUAUGAGACACACAGAUACGAUAGUAACAGAAACGAUGGUGAGGAGAUCGCCAGACCCAGACGCUCCACCCCUACACCAAGACCUGCCCCCGAGACACAAAGUGAGAGAGUAUCCCAGAAUCGCAGAGCAUCCCCAGCUUUCUUCGGGCCUUCUCAUGAGACGACCUAUGAGACACACAGAUACGAUAGUAACAGAAAUGAUGUAGUCUGUAUAGAGGCUGAUGCAUGGUGUGACUCCAGACCAGACUCUGACUCCCCUUUGACCAGAAACUUUCCCACAGGAGCUCCUCCUCCACUUCCUCCCAAGAACAUCCAAGCAGCUAGUCAAGGCUAUUCUUCGUCUGAUUCUUCCGUUGAUUUACACAAUGGGAGAAUAGUCUCAAGCCCCGCCCCCAUCUACCUGAACGUCCAAUCCCCAGCCUCAUACAGAGGUUCCCCCGUAACUGACCUGGAAGAUGUGUUCGGCCCCAUGGAAUCCUGCCGGAUCAAUGAGGGCAGGGCCUCGCCCCGAUGGGUCAGCUUCAACAGUGAGAGACCACCCCCACCAGAAGAACCGGCCCCGCCUCCGCCCCCUGCCUAUCCUCCUCCUGACUCGCCCAACUCCCUCUCUUCCACCCCAGACUCCCCCUGCCUCUCCCCGGGCCCUCCUCCGGAUGAGCCUCCCCCCUCCCCGCCGCCCUUUUCCUCUCCCCCCGACUCGCCCAUCUCCAUCAUCUCCAUUCCCCCUCCAAAUGAACCCGUUCCCCCCCUGCCUCCAGACUUCUUGCCCCCAGACUCCCCACCGUGCAUCGCCAUCAAUCCUAGUCUGUUUUUGGAUGAUGAUGAGAUACUGGAGUACUCCCAUGCUCCCUAUACCCCUGCUGCCCCACUGGAAUACUCCCCUGCCCCUACCAGUCCCAUCCCUCCCCCCCUGCCUGCGGAGCGCUCCCUUCGGGCAGGCAUCCCUUCCCCUCUGGUGUUCCUUAGGGAGGAGCAGCCUGACUUUAUGUCCUGGCCCCUGGUGCUGACCCCGGGCUUCAGGGGCGUGCCGUCCCCCCUCCUCCCACCCGCCUACAGGCCCAUGGUGUCUUCCCCCGGACCCUGCCCAGGCAGUGGCCCCUCCUCUCCACCUCGCCCUGCCACGCCCCUGUCAGGAGGUAGUCCAGUCCCUCCCCCUCUUCCUACAAGGCCCUCCUCUCGACCCAAACUGCCCCCUGGGAAACCAAUGGGAGACCUGGCUCGGCCCUUCAGCCCCCCAGUCUCCGGCAGCCCCCCUCCCUUCGCCCCCCUGGCCCGAGCCGAGAGUUCCUCCUCCAUCACCUUGCUGAGCGCAGCCUCCACCCCCACCCUGGGGAGAGAGCUCAACAUAUCCACUACAGGAUGCUCCAGAGGACCCAGCCCACUGACCAUGGGAGCCCAGGACACUCUGCCCGUGGCGGCUGCCUUCACUGAGACCAUCAACGCCUACUUCAAAGGAGCCGACCCCAGCAACCGGCAAAGCGACCCUCAUCAGAAUAAAUGCAACAAGUGUGUGGUGAAGAUCACUGGGGAGAUGGUGCUGUCUUUCCCAGCAGGCAUCACCAGGCACUUUGCCAGCCAUCCGUCUGCCCCUGUGCUCACCUUCAGCAUCAGUAACUACUGUCGGCUAGAGCAGGUCCUCCCCAAUCCACACCUGCUGUGCUGUGACACCACCAUGUCCAAUGUGGACACCAAGGAGUUCUGGGUAAAUAUGCCAAACCUGAUGAGUCAUCUGAGGAGAGUGGCUGACCAGAAGCCUCAAGCAACCUACUACAAUGUGGACAUGAUCAAAUAUCAGGUAGCAGCUGAGGGGAUCCAGUCUACUCCCCUGAACCUGGCGCUGAGUUGGCGUGGCGACACCACCAGCACGGACCUCAGAAUAGACUACAAAUACAACAUGGAGGCCAUGGCCGCAGCCCCCUCCCCCCUCCACAACAUCCACUUCCUGGUCCCUGUGGACGGGGGCGUGGCCAAACUCCAAGCCAUGAUCCCCACUGCCACCUGGAACCCAGAACAGCAGAACAUUCUAUGGAAGAUAUCAAGCCUUUCCCAAAGGUCUGAAAAUGGAGGAGUGGGGGCUCUACUGGGUAGGUUCCAGUUGACAGAGGGUCCCAGUAAGCCGUCCCAGUUGGCGGUGCAGUUCACCAGCGAGGGCAGCACUCUGUCAGGCUGUGACAUCCAGCUGGUGGGGACUGGCUACAGGCUCUCGCUGGUCAAAAAGAGAUUUGCAGCAGGGAAAUAUCUAGCGGACAACUAGUCACCACUGUUGUAAAAUGGAACCCUUUCAACCAUACGAUGGCUUUUGACUGUGAGGAUGAUGAGAGACUUUUUAUGGAUUCUUCAUUCGAUACAAGUUACCAACUGAGAAACGUCUGAAACCUAACGCUUGAGCAGUGAGGGGUAACUGAUGACAUAGCAGCAACAACAGGAUGUGAUGUAAUACGCACCGUCCACCAGGGUUCACCAGGGUAUUGCUUUAUGUUUUAAUACACUCAAAUACAGUAGUCGCACUGUUGGAGUUUAUGCAAGUAGUCACCCUUUUUUCUUCUCGUUUUGUGCACCUUGAGGGUUGAUGAGGUCAAUUGUAAAAUCUUUUGUCUGUAAUGUUUCCGUUAUGUGUCGGACCCCAGUAAGACUAGCUGUCACCAUUGGCGUCGGCUAUUGGGCAUCCUAAUCAAUAAAACGUUUAGAAAUCAUAAUGAAAGAUAAUGGAUUCGACACAUUUACUCCAGUUUAGCAAAGUCAAUUAUCAUUGGCAGCACAUACAAUAAUCCAGCCUUAUCUGUGAGAAGAAUUCUAUGUGAAUGGGUGAUGGAUGGAAGAUGCACUGGACAGAUUUAUGUGAAUAGAUAGACACUGUUGUCAUUCAUUGAUAAUUCAAUUGAUUAUGACAAGAACAAUUGAUUAUGACAAGAACAAUUGAUUAUGACAAGAACAAUUGAUUAUGACAUAACAAUUGAUUAUGACCAGAACUCCACGUGCAGGGUUAGGAUGACAUUUUGAUGUUUUUCUUUUAUUUAUUGGGUUGAUUCAACUGAUAUGGUACCAGCUUGUACUGCACCAGCACGUUGAGGCCCACAACUUGGAGUUAACGUACAGACAGCGUUAUUAUGUAUGUGGUGGUUGUGUGUUUUGCUGGGAGGUCAAGUGGUUCAUGUAAUGUAAUGUAAUGGUUCAUAUUGUUUUCCUGAUUUGUGGAUGACAAAAACAAAGCAGAUGACCUUACAGGUUGAAUAGCAGAGUUGCCUUGGACCAGAUUACAUUUAUUUCUGAAUUCUGUUUGUCCCUUAGAGUUGUUGUGUCCAGGAGUCCUAAUCAAGAAUAACUGGUUGAAAUGACAUCAUUACAACUGGUUAGGGUGGCAGGUGGCUUAGCGGUUAAGAGUGUUGGGCCAGUAACUGAAAGGUCACUGUUUUGAAUCCCAAGUCAACUAGGUGGAAAAUCUGCAGAUGUGCCCUUGAGCAAGGCACUUAACCCUAAUUGCUCCUGUAAAGUCGCUCUGGAUAAGAGGGUCUGAUAAAUGACUAAAAUGUAAAUGCUAGAAUUACAUCAAUUACUGGUUAGAAGUAGGUCUUUAUGAGGUAAUUUCAACCAGUUUUGCCCGCUGGGAAGUAUAACUGGGGGACAUCAAAGAAGAUGGAAAAGUGCUUCAAGAAUGAUUUAUCUAAAAUAGAAUAACAAUGAAUAUUCAACGGAAUCCCCUAAUGUUAUGUUUCUUGUUUUUCCACCAUGUGGAGUUAAUAGUUGUUUUUGUCAUUUUCUAAUUGCAGUAUAUUGAAAAUCUAUUUGUAAAAAAAAGUGUAAAUAUGAAAGAAGCUUCUUCAUAUAUCCCUUUGGAUAUAUGGGUGAUUCUGUGUUUGUCAAAUCAGAUAUAUGUUAUAUGGUUGGUGAUAGCCUUUACAAUACAUUACAGAACACUGUUUUGUUUUGUUUUAUUUCUAACGCGGAUUUCUUGUAAUAUACUGACUGUCCCAAUCUGCGUUACUCAACUGUUUGUUUUUUUUAAACCUUUUUUUACUCUACAAUGCUAGUUCAUUUAUUUCAAGACAUUUAGGAUGUCCAGCAGCACACAAGAGUCCCCCCUCCCCUCCUAAUCCAAUGCUAUUCUGACCUAGACUGGGUAAAGAAAACAGUAGUGAGUGUAGCGUUCAGUCUAAUGUAACCAGGUUCAUUCAGACCUACGUCUGUUAUAGUACGUGUACUAUGUGAUUGUUUUUACUGUAACUUCUAGUCAUGUCAUUGUGUUUGACCUUUCACCUGAAGAUUUAACCUUUAAACCUUUGACCUUUGGCAUGAAUCCACAACAACAUUAUCAAACUUCCACGAUACUAUUGCAAGUAACGUCCUCCUAGGUUUCCUCCCGACUUGCACACCAACAACAAAUACAUUUGUGUAACUGUAAUUGUUUUGCUCCUGCCCAUCUCAAGGAGAAAUAAUGUUAGUGUAUUAUUUUCACUUUAUGACAAUUGGUAAUAGAAUUACCUCACGUUAUUGUUACUUAUUUCCAAAUCAGUAUAUUCAAAAUGAGUCGCGACCAAUGACAAAAGAGCCUUUUUAAUCCUUGAUAUUAUCAAUAACUAUGGUAAAUGUAUUUCAACUUUUAGUUUUUUUGUCCUGGUUGCAAUAUUUAAUUUAUUUGUUUGAGCCUUACUGGCCCUUUAAAAAGUAUUCACAAAUAAACGUUUUUUCUGUCAGUAUUUUAUUCACUGCAUAGGACACUGAAUAUGCAAACAUACCAUGUACAUUUCCCAUCCAAAGAUUUUAAGAGUAAAUAUAUAAAAAGUUAAUAUAAUGUAAUACCUGUUUUACUUGGUAAUAAAGAAUUGGAGAAUAUUGGAAAUGA